UUGAGCCGAUGGGGCUUAGUCGAUCCGAAGAUCUAAUAAACAAAAGAUGCGUCACAUCUGGACAAUAGUUGGGCUGGUGCUGCUGAUGCUGCAGAUGCUGAUGUCGCACAAACUAAGCGAGCCCGUUUGCACGUACCGCAACGCCGAGGACGAGACGGUGUUCCUCAAGUAUUUGCCGCUGCUGAAGAAGGGACAGGAUUACGUCGAUUUCGGCAAGGAGGGCAAGUGCCUGAAGCGCGCCAUCUGCUCGGACACGUUCAAGACAGUCGUCGAGGAAUGCAGCGACCAGAAAGUCACCUGCCACAACAAGCAGCGCUACACCGGCGUCUUUCCCGCCUGCUGCGUCAAGUGUCCCUAGACAGACCGCAGCGCCGGCAAGUCUACAUCAAUCAAUCUAUUAUUAAUCAAUCAAGUUAUCAAUCUGCAGCUAGACAAUAGCAAUUGUGCUUAGCGCUAAACAGAAAUAUACAAUAAACGUUUUCUUUUAUCAUUCAAAGUGCGCUGGCAAUUUCUUUCGAACAGGCAAUCAAGCUCCAUCAGUCAAUCAGGCGACAACUGAACCUAGUGCUAAACGAAAUAUGUGUAUGGGUUAUACAAGUGACGUGUUUGCUGUUAAA